AUGCGGCCACAUCUCCUCCUUCCUCCCCAUUCAGGUGUGUUGGUAUCAAUCGCGGAUGGACGAGCAACAUCGUACGCUCUGGGGGAGCUCCAGAGCCGCGGGACGUUCUUCAUAGGGCCCGGGGCUGAGGUGUACGGCGGCAUGGUGGUGGGGGAGCACAGCCGCGAUGAUGACCUGGACGUAAACCCUGUGAAAGAGAAAAAGACCUCCAAUGUACGGCAAGUUACGGCGGAGGAGAAGGUGCAGCUGGCGGCACCGCGGGUCAUGAACCUGGAGGACGCGAUUGGCUAUGUGGCGGCUGACGAGCUGAUCGAGGUAACCCCAGCUGCCGUACGCAUCCGUAAAGAAACUCUGGAUGCGGGAGUGAGGAGGCUGAGGGCUAGGCGGCAACAACAGCAACAGCAGCAACAGUAG